UCAGCAGCAGAACCAGACGAGAGAGCAUGAGAGUGAAUUUCUUUUCUUUUAAUGGAGGACUUUAGGAAAAUUUGUUCAUUUAUAAAUUAGACAAUAAUAGUUGUAAUUGAUUGAAGUUGUUCAAAGGCGGUCCAGGACCAGUCCAGGACGUCAUGGAAAUCAUCGAGUUUCAUAGCAUAUUUAGUCAUUAUUUCUUAUUUGGUUGUAACAUUUUCCGAGCUAGGGCUGGCGCUAUCAAGAACAAAACCUGACCAAACCAUGGCAGACAAGAACCUCAAUUCAAAGGCGAGAAUGGCUUCGUCUACCAAUAAUGACACUAUUAAAAAACUCAUCUACUCAGCUUCAAUAUUGGUGAAACAGUUAGAUUCAGCUGUUGCCAAAGCUAGAGCAUGCAGAGAUCUUUUUACUCCAGAUAUCAUUGAGCUUCGAAGCCAACUUUCUUAUCUCUGUGUGAAAUCAAUGGGAGCUGAUCCAAUCCAAUGCCGACGUAGAGCUGAAGAACUUCUCUGGAAGAAGUGCUAUUAUGAUGUGAUAACUUCUACAAAAAUUAAUGGAAAGAAGUCACCCCUUACUUCAAUGGAAAAACUUUUUAUUGGAUAUCACAUUGAAUCGGGAAUUGUAAAGUUAACUGAGCUUAUGCAAGAUGUUUGCCAAAAGCUAAAAAAUGUGGACCCAGCCACGAAACUUACACUUCAUGUUUUACCACUCUUGGAGGUUAAAAUCCUUGAUUGUGAAACACAAAAAGAGUCCAAAGAAGAGUUUAUGGAAUCAGUCCAAAAGAUUUUGGUUUGGUUAGGAGAUUUGUCCCGCUAUAGAAAUGAUUUGGAAAUUUCUAACAGUGUAAUUACAGCAGAGCGCUAUUAUCAUCAGGCAGUUCUUGUCAAUCCUAGUAUUGGUCUCCCUUACAACCAACUUGGGACUUUGACUAGUCAUGAUCCUUCCAGAGGAUGUGAAUCUAUAUUUUACUAUAUAAGAAGCAUGAAAGCCUUAAAAAUAUUCCCUGGGGCUGAACCUAAUCUUAAGGCUUUAUUAGUACGUCUUGCCAUGAACGAAGACAAACUGAUUUCCGCUUUUUCACAAUUACUUCCAAAGUUAGUCUUUGUAGGCAAAGAAGAAAAUACUUUUGAAGUAAGCCAACUGUGUCAGGUGGUGUUGAGCGAAAUUCAAAAACGACUCUGUAGAAGCGAAAAUGAGAGUUGUAACCAACUUUUGGAUUUGGCUGCCUGCGUGGUGAUGUGUACUAUAACUCCCGCUUCAUCAAACCAUAAUCCAACAGCUGGAAUCGCCUUCUGCUGUUCACUUUUCGCUCACGUUCUGAGCAAAUUUCAAGACAUUUUCCAUCUAAGCUCUGGGAAUGCUGACCAACGAAAUGGAAAUAAUGCAGAUAAAGAGAAAGAGCCCGUCUCUGGGAGUAAAGAAGAAGCUGAUGAAGAUGAACUGAGCGACGAGGAGGAAGAAGAAACUAAGCGCGCUAAACUGAGAAGAAGAAAAAUUGGAUCUGGAUCGUCUGAUCAAGAAUUUUCAGAGGAAGAGAUAUUUUUAGAAAGUAACUCUGAGCAGGAUUCUGAAGAAGAAGAAGAAGAAGAAGUUUUAUCCGAUUCUGGUUUUCAUUCAGCUGAAGCUAAACUUGAACCGCUCAUUGAAAUCCCGUCAGAAGCUUUAUCUCUUUUGCCGAUUUUUAAACUCUUGACUGAUUGGUUACAAGCCAAUGUUCAGGUUGUUCAAGUAUCAAAUCAAUCCAUUCGAAAAAUGUGGGCAACACUAGCUACCAUCCUCAACGUGUUUAAACGCUGUCAGAAAGAAGAUGUUGAUCAGUACCAAAAAGUUCCUUUAGAAGAAGAUUGGAAGCUGUAUGGACUGGAUUCUAUGAGCUUAUUCCAUGCUCAAAUCGAUUUUGAGUCUGUUCCUGCACCAUCCAACAUUUCAAUUUUAAAUUCUAUUCGGAUCGAAAGAAUUCUCCAAUUUGGCAAUUGGUUGGCAAGUCAAGGCAACGAAAAAAGUUUCCGACUGGAAAACGGAAUUUACAUAUGUCCAUCCGAAGCAACUAAAGAUGAAUCCCAGGAACUUGGAAUGAAAGCAGAUCUCAUGAUGAGAAACAUGGCACACUUGUGGUUGAAGUCAGAAGUACAAGAGCUUGAACGGAGACUCUCACCUCAAUUCAAAAGAAAAAAAAAGACAAACUUCGAUCUUUCCACUUUAUCUUACGUCUAUUUGGUACCGGACGUCUCUGCUCUUUCAGAUUUUACUCACCUCAUAAAACAAGUGAUCAAAAGCCAAAAGCUGAUUGUAGUAGUACCUGAUAUUGUCAUCUCGGAAAUUGAUCAACUCAAAAGGGAAAGCGCUUCUGUUCGGGAAUGCAUUCGGUGGCUAGAAACCUGCUUUCGUACCGGCAAUCGCUUUAUUAGAGCACAGCGUCAAAAUGAACACCAAGUCAUCCCAUUAUUGACUUAUCCGAAACGAAAAGAUAAAGCCAACUGGACAUUGUUCCAAAUACUGGAAUGCUGCUGUUACCUGGAUACAAACCAGAGAAACGUUUAUAAAACUAGCCAGAAUUCGCCCAUUGUACUGUUUUUGUCCGGCAACACGGCUGAAGACACGGAUCAACAAACCAGAGGGAUUUGUAAUUCGAUUGGUGUUGAAUUUAAAACUGCAAAUUCGUUGAUGAAGAAAAGUAAGACGAAAAAACGCUGAUACCGUCAUGUAUAACAUUGAAUUACGUAUUACGUAGCCAUAUGUGUUUUGAUUAUUUGCUUGUAUUGUAAGAAAAACAUUUUGUUUCUCACUC